AGAUCAUCCACCAAUUCAUGAUGAAGGAAUGCGGGGACCACAACUGCCAUGUCGACAUCAGUCCCGAUCAAGAGUACGUUGCCGCCGGAAGCACCGACGGAGCUGUGUAUAUCUACGACCUCACAACCGGAACCUGCGCGGCCGAGCUCCAUCACAAGCGGUCGACCAGGGCUGUGUGGUGUUGCAGUUUUUCGAAAAACGGAAGGUAAGCUCGGCCGGUCGGCCGGUUAUGGUUUCGACAGAAUGGAGCGGAGCUGGGGAAGGGGCCGCAUCGACAAUUCGGCGUCGCGUGCUGGAAGCAAUCGGAUUCCAUGUGAAUGAGCCAAUGGCGCCCUUGCUCUCCU